GGCAUGGCAUUACAUGUAUCAUGAUCAUGAUUAUGCCUGCAGUAGCCUAACUACAAUGCUUCCCGCGCCAACAAGUGCACCAUACUAGUAGAUCUACCACGCACUAGGGCCCAGUAGGCAUGCAGUAGUAGCGCGUAGGGCUAGGUUUGGGGUUAUGCACUGAGUCUUGCUACUCUCUACAGACUCAGUAUUUUUGUGUAAAGGCCGUAUCUGUAGGACCUGUUUUGGUUUGUAGACCUACGUAGUCUACAUAGGUAGACUACGGUAGGUUAGAACGACUGGAUAUAAACUAAAGACUCGGAAUUAUUUUGCCACUGUUUCCGGCGCGACAGCAGAGAGACUCACGCUGCGAAUGUAGCAAACCAACUACCGGUGGUCGUUUCGCAGCUUCUUACAAUAGUACAAGUGUUGUCUACAUCUGCCAAGCCCACGGCACGGGAUCUACCCGCGUGCAUGCUGGCCAGGUCACUCCUAGAUCCGAAUAUCCUGCCAGCCUUGGUUGUCGCAGGCUGUUUAAAUACUGUACUCACUCCGUCAGUCUACUCCGUUUCAACUUUCUAGUGCCCUCCACCUGCCGCCACCUGCUGCAGUGCACCCCGUUGAUGUUAGUCGGUAGCGCCGUGCCGGAAGCGCCCUUGAUUCCGAAGGCGGUACGCGGUAGCAUAACGUUAGUUACACCUGCUCAUCGACCGCACGACCCAACAACUGCCUGCACUCGCACUUGGCUGUCCCACGGCACAUGUCGUGACGAAAACCUCAAGAAACUGAUCAGCAGCGCGUCACGCGCACCGUGCGACGUCCGACAUACCUAGCUGCACGGCGAUUCUUGAAUAAGCAUGGGAAAAAUUCUUCGAUUAGCGUUGGUUGUGUCACUUGUAGUGAUUUUCAUUGUGGUGGCUAUCGUCCUGGAUUCCGCGACGAUUGAUGAGCAAACGUCAGAACAUCGCCAGUGGCAGGUUGAUGCUCCAGUAAUACCGGCAGUCGAAGGAGACGGUGAUGGACGCGAGGGCGUCGAUAGUCCGCCUAACGAGAGCCCCGAUAGUCCGCCUAACGAGAGCCUCGAUGGUCCGCCUAACGAGAAUCGGAAUGUGGGAUCAAGCCGGAGAGCCUCUAUGCUGAAAUCGGCCCCUGCGAACAACUCCCCUUAUGCAGAUAAGAGAAAAAGCAAGAAAUCCCACAAUAAACAUGCCAUCAUCAAGCGGAGCAACAAGGAUAGUCAGCAUGCAGCAGCAGGCGUGCAGAAUAGUUUUCCUGGCCUGCACAUGCGAGAUGCCGACAUGCAUGGCAUCAGCCUCUCCGGCUUGAAGAAACUGGUUCUGGAUUCGGUGCUGAAGCAGCUUCCCCUGAGCCCGGCCAUUGUUGACAAGGUGAAGAAGUUUGUUUUCUUCAUCGGCUAUCCACGCAGCAGUCACACAUUGAUGGGGUCGCUACUGGAUGCUCACCCACACGUGCUGAUCUCGAACGAGUACAAUCUGCCAUGGAGAUAUGCGCGUGACAGGAGCAUGACGAAGCAGUCCAUAUUCGAACGCCUGUACACCAAGUCGCGCUAUGACUCUCUGCAAGGCUAUCGUCGGGAUCCAAAAGUUCCUAUCCCGACAAUCCCCGGUCUGCUAUAUAUGGGCAGUACGUACUCGUAUCAUGUACACGACCAGUGGCAAGGUCGAUUCAAUCAGACGAUAGCCGUCAUAGGAGAUAAGAAAGGUGGCGACACGACUCACUUUCUGGCCACAGCCGAGGGACGGGCUGUGUUCCAGGAGAUGAUGAAGAAGAUAGGCAUACCCUUGUACAUCAUUCACGUGGUGCGGAAUCCGUUCGACAACAUCGCUACAUUCGCCCUGCGCAGCCUGAACCUGCGCUUCACUACUACCAAGGACAAUCCUCUUGACAAUCCCAGGGAGCUGGAGGCGCAGACUGAGAAGUACUUUGCAUUGGUCAGGCUCAACGCCAAGCUCCACAACAACAGGGACAUGUUUCCCCACCUGGUGGAUAUACACUCACGACACGUGAAGCACCAGCCGAGGAAAGUGAUGCACAAGGUUUGUCAGUUCCUGGAACUGGAAUGCUCCACCAGCUACCUGGAUGCUUGUGAGAGAGCCGUUCAUGCCAGUAAAUCGCGGACUAGAGACCUGAUUGUGUGGCCCAAGUCACUCAAGACUCACAUACAAGCCAACAUCGAUGCCGUCCCAUUUCUGAACGGCUAUACAUUUCAAUCUGACUAGGGCUGAUUAUCAAGGUAGGCUUCGGUUGGUAAUCUUGUUUAGCUGCCAGCCUGUGUGUACAGCCGCGGUAGCUGCACGUAGAAAAAACGCUCCAGUGGAGCUCUCAAACUUUUAGGUUUCCAUUAUUUGAAGAAUGCCACUGUCACAGCGUUGUCUGGAUGCGAUCGCUGAGCCAUCUAUCAAUGCUCUCCCCUCCAGAUGCCUGUCACAACCAUGCGGCUCUGAGCUAAGGUCAGGAGAAGGCUAAUCGCCGUAAUCGGCAUUCUCCUGGCACACAAAUGAACUGUUGAGACAUAUGACCCUGCAAUGGUUGAGCCUAUUUAAGCAAGUGCACAAUGUCAUGUCAUGUCGCACUUACAUGAUCAAUUCGUUUUCUUUGUCGAAGUCUCCCUAGAGAUGAGUAGAUCUAUCUUUUCACUGAUAUUGUGGUAACCAUGGUAAUAUGACUGUGAUGUCAUUAUGAGGUCACAGUGAUACUGACGUUACUAGUAUUACAUGUGCAAUGCUAAUAGGACUUACUUACCGUUAGUGCAGUAGGAAACUCUUAUCCACACCCAAACCUGUCCUCCCAUAUCUGGACACCUUGCAGGCACGUCAAUCAAACCUGCUUCAUAAUCAUGGUCUUCCUUUUCUGAUGGCAGUUAGCUGAACUAUUCCUCUACAUAUACGGUCUUAGCCCUUACAUGCAGAUCCCAUUGAGUGGUGUGCAUGCCUGUAGAUGGUACCGCAAUUUAAUUUUUGCUUUAGUG